AUGGCCAAGUUUGGCAAAAGAACUAUUCUGAAGGGUAGACUCUUCAAGGAUUUGGAGGAGGAAGGGAUGGUGCUGCUGUUGGAGAAAUUAGAAGUGCAAGGCUGGAAGGACAUGGAGUUGGGUGAGAUUCUAGGUGUACUUGCUGAGGGGUACAAUGACUACGAAAAGCUUAAGUGGCCAAGCCUAGAAAAUCUUCCUACUGCCCUUGCCAUCACCAGAAAAUUCAGUGAUCAUGAGGAGGAAAGUGAGCUCAAGGCUGUGUACAAGAGUGCGAUGAAGCCACCCCACAAGGUGCUAUUCGAAUUCAUCAUCAAGUGUGUUCUGCCAAGGCAGGAAAGGAGGCACAUUGAAAGCUUCAUGGAUUUGGUCCUCAUGGAGUGUUUGGAUGGUGGGAAGCAGAUUAAUUGGCCUGGAUUUAUAAUCCAGCUACUUGAUAGGGUGCCUCUGAAGAAGUGGGAGGUGGCUACAAGCAAAGAUCACUUUGGGGCGAAAACUUUGAUUGCUUAUGACUAUAAGGUCCUUACUCCUAAUGAGCCUGGUUCAUCCAAGAUGGCACCAGUCAAUAGCAAGCUUUAUCUAGAGGCAGUUGUAAUAGGUACUCGGAGUAUUCAAGUUAGAGUUAACUUAAAGUUAUCGCAACAGUUAGAGGAUGUUUUCUACAACGGGAUUAAAGUCAAUAUGGUUCUACUUGAGACUCUAAGGCUAUAUCCGCCAGGAGUUAUAUUUUCACGUGUGCUCGGCGGAACAACCAAAUUGGGAAAUAUAACUUUACCUAGUGGAGUUCAAAUCAACAUACCUACACUUUUCAUGCAUCGAGGCAAAGAAAUAUGGGGCAAUGGCGCAAAUGAAUUCAACGCAGAAAGAUUUAGUGAAGGUGUUGCAAGCGCAAUAAAUGGAAAAUUUGGGUAUUUCCCAUUUGGCUAUGGUCCUCGAGUACGGACUGGACAAAACUUUGCUAUGUUGGAAGCUAAAGUCGCAGUUGCCACGUUUUUACAAAAUUUCGCCUUUGAACUUUCCCCAUCUUAUGCACAUGCUUCGUUUCUUGUGGUGACACUCCAAGCUCAGUAUGGAACACAAGUAAUAUUACGUAAGUAG